CACCAACAGCUCUAUAAGCAAAAAGGCUACAUGCGCCCUCGAUUGUGACACCCUUUGGUUCCUUCGUCAGCUCAAUUGCAACUUUUAAAUACCCCACCGCCUCGAUUUGCACAGCACACACAACAUGUCUUGCGAAAACUGUAAAACAGGCUUCAAGUGGAACGGCACUGCCUCCGGCAAGGAGAUUACUCUCAACAACGCAAAGGCCUACGUUGCUGGCGACUCCAAAGAUGCUGCUAUCCUCAUUCUUACCGACAUUUUUGGUUGGACUCUCCCCAACAUCCGCUUGAUCGCCGACCACUUUGCAAAGGAGUCCCAGGCUACUGUCUACGUCCCUGAUCUCUUCGAAGGCGAAGUCGUUGACCCCGAUGCGCUGUCCGACCCAGAGAAGGCCAAGAACUUCGACCUCAUGGGCUUCCUUGGGCGUCACAACAAGGAGAUCCGGUGGCCGGUGAUCAAGGAGCACGCUCAGACCCUGAAGAAGCAGUACAAGAAGGUUGUUGCAAUCGGCUAUUGCUACGGAGGAUGGGCAUGCUUCAAGCUCGGCGCCGACCCCCAGCUUAUCGAUGCUAUCUCCAUGGCCCACCCUUCGCUGGUUGACAAGGCCGAAAUCGAUGCCACCAAGGUCCCUAUCCAGAUCCUUGCGGCUGAGAACGACUUUGCAUAUACCGAGGAAUUGAAGAAAUACUCUUUGGAGAGGCUGCCGCAGCUGAACAUUCCUUGGGAGUAUGUCUACUUUCCCGGUGUGCAGCACGGCUUUGCGGCGCGUGGUAACCCCAACGAUGCUACACAGAAGGCUGCGCUGGAGAAGGCAAAAAGGGAUGCUGUUGGUUUCUUCCAGGAGUACCUGCACUAGGGUGUCAGUACUUUACUUAAGAUUUGAACGAUAUUUCCACGGAUUUUUACGUCUUCUGAUGAUUCAUGAUGGUCGUUUGUUUGCGUAUGGAACGAGUUGAUGCGCAUAGUAUCUUCCUUCCUUCAUGGUAAACAGCGCUAGUUUAGAGCGCCGACAAUGGGUCGACCUCCAUCACCUGGGCACCAUUGCUUUUUGUACUGCUUCAACAGCAAUUUCACCGCGACACUUCGACGCCCAGGCUCACCUCCAAAAGCAUGUCCUUCCAGAACUUACCGGCCGAGUUGCGGCUUGCUAUGCUUGAGAC